AUGUUGAGAGCUUUGAGUACCAGGAGAUGUCCUCACAGGUACGAGUAUCUCAUGGAGGAUCCCACCAUUAGCCUGAUGGAAGGGCGGCUGAAGAGGACAGCCAGUGUACCAACCAUAGUACUCGGUUCGGGGUCGAGAAAUCCGACGUCUGCCGUGCCUGCUCAAGCAAAACUGAAGCAGUCGAAGAAAGCUAGCAAAGGACAUGCCCUUUUUAAUUUCUUUGAUUUUGGUCGGAAGAGAAAGUCAACGGCCAAGCCUGAAUUUGCAAGGUAUCUGGAGUAUGUGAAGGAGGGAGGCCUGUGGGAUUUGAAAGCAAAUGCUCCUGUAAAAGAUGAAAUUGGAUCACGUGAGAAUGUUUGCUUAAUCCACCUCAACUAA